AUGAUCUUUGGACCAAACGGAAUGUGGGUGUACACCCCCCUCCAGACUCACGGGAUCCUUCUUCAUGCAGCCACCCCCAGCAAGAUGCCUUCUCCUGGAAGACAGCAGCCAGGAAACCAUGUAGGAUCUUUGAGACUUCUGUCCUCAGCUCCAAAUCCAACCCAUAAAGAAAGCAUCAUGGAGGUCUGCAUAUUCUUCCUUUAUGCUAUGAUACUUCUCCCAGGUAUUGCUGCCAGUGUGCAUCAGGUGAAGUCGUUUCUCAAUCACACUGCAUACCUAUCCUGCUAUUUUCCAAACUCUCAGAAAACUGACAUAAAGGAUUUAAGAGUUUUUUGGCAAAAAGGCGCUGUUGAAGUGGUGCACGAAGUAUACUACGGCCAAGAAAAACUUGAUAACCUUAGUCCUAAAUAUAUAAAUCGCACCAAGAUGGAUAUGGACAAAUGGACCUUGCAAUUGUUAAAUGCAGGAAUUGUGGAUGAGGGACACUAUAUGUGUAUUAUACAGCACAGAGAUAAAGGAACGCCAAAGGUCAUACACACAUCUGAGUGCUUACUGCACAUCAUUGCCAACUAUAGUCAACCUGAGAUAGCAUGGCUCCACACUGGGGAACUAAAGCCCAAUGAAUACUUGAAUCUUUCCUGUUCUUCCAGCGGAGGCUAUCCAGAGCCCAAGCAGAUGACUUGGCUAAUUUCACACGAAAACAAAACACACAGGCUUAUGCGUCGCAUGGAUGUCUCACAGGAUGCUGUAACAAAGCUGUACAAUGUUACUAGCAAGCUGAAUAUCACAGUUCCUACAAACACCCUCACUAAUAUUAGCUGCUUGCUUCACCUUGGAGAGCAGCUGGGAAGCCUUGUCUCAGUGCCACUAGGCAUAGAGAUGCAGGGGGAAGAAAUGGAGCCAGUGAAGAUAAGUUUCUUUGGCCCACUUAUAGCUGUGAUUGUACUAAUCACACUUCUUCUGGGUUUUGUGUUAUUGAAGAAGAACAGAAAUAUCUCAUCUACCAGCCAGAGUGUCAGUCUAGCAGUCUAGAAGCUAUCCAG